AAGUUUCAGAAAUAAAAAAAAGUAAAAGAAAGACAAAAUGGACAAAAACUGGUUUUAUACCAAAAAGACAACCAUGCUAUUUUUUUUUUCCAAUUUUUCCUUUUUUUUUGGUAAAAAAUAUGUUGUAGAUUUGUUCCUUACACCUUACUCGGAUCGACUUUAGAUUAGGAAUAAGAUCCCGAGAUUUUUGUGUAUAUAUAUAACAUAGGAGUUGUGGAAGCUAGUGCUUCUUUUAUUCUCUCUUAAACCCAUAAAGGAAACAUCACACGAUGUCGAUUUCCAGCAAAGUGCUACGGGAUCAAAGACAUAGACAAAACAAAGCAAAACAAAACACGAUGUGGUGGAAUUGUACGAAUAAGUGGAAAAAGUCUUCUUCUCCGUCUUGUGCGUUAUCGUUAUUACCAGACGACAUCCUUCUGAAUUGCUUCGCCACUGUCUCAAGAUCUGACCACGCGUCCUUAUCUCUCGUCAACAAGUGGCUACGUUCUCUACUGCUUUCCCCUGAGCUCUACGAAGAACGAUCACUAAUGGGACGUACCGAAAACUGCAUCUUCCUAUGUUUAAGCAUCCCUUCAGACCCGUUCGUACGCUGGUUCGCCUUCUACCCAAAAGCUCUAAAUAAUCGGUUGGUUCCAAUCCGGCCACACUUGUACCACCCUCAGGAAGCAUCCUCCGUGGUGGCCUAUGGUUGCGGGAUCUAUAUAAUUGGUGGGAGGAUUGGCGGGAGGCCAUCGUCAAGGGUCUUAUUCCUUGAUUGUCGGUUUCAUACGUGGAGCAAUCUCCCAUGCAUGGGUGUACCCCGAGCUUAUGCUGCCACGGGAGUGGUGGAUGGGAAGAUAUACGUUUUUGGAGGGUGCCAGGAACCGUAUUCGGACAAAUGGGGAGAGGUUUUCGAUCCAACGACGCAGACUUGGGAUGUACUGCCAAAGCGGCCGAAGGAACCUUACUCUUCCGUUAUUCACGAAAGCGUUGUGAGGGAGGAGAAGACUGUUUUGGCUUUGAAUGAGAAAGGUAAUGGUUUGCUCUACGUUCCGAGUGAAGGCAUAUGGAAAAAAGGGAAGUCUGAUGCGUACAGUCCUAGAAGGGGUUGGCAUGUGAUAGAGAAUGUCAUGUACUGUUGUGUAACUGGUGGGAGGAUACUGUGGUGUCAGGCAAGCGAAUCGGAGUUGCACGAGCCGAAUGCGAUAAAGUGGAGAGAGGUGAUGGGAUUGAAGGAUUUAAAGGACACUCUAUGUGCCUCCAAACUGGUCAACUAUGGUUGGGGAUUGCCGGAAGAAAAACUUGAGGAUUUGCUUCCGGGUCACAAACUGAGCAACUCUGGUCCCAACAUGUUACUUUUCUGGGAUGUGCUUGCUCCUGGGAAAUUGGAGAUUUGGUGUGCUGAGAUAUCUUUACAAAGGCGCAAAGAGAAAGGAGAGAUUUGGGGGAAGGUUGAGUGGUCUGAAGUAGUCACGAGUAUCGAUCCUCCUCAUCCUCUACCUGAGCAUCAGCAUCACUGUAAAAUUUUGCAUGCUCUAACCCUCAAUCUCUGAACUCAAAACUCUAUUUUAAAAUCUCUACUUUGUUUCUUCUCUAUUCCUUAUUAUUAUAUAUCUCCUAUUUCCCAAUUAGCAUUUUGCAUUUGUAAUGGAGAAAAACAAUGCUCUUGGAUCUCAUCAUUAUUUACUUGUUCACAACAAUAAGAUGUCUGUUUCGUUUAACUAAAAUCUUAAAUGCAGACAAAGUUGACUUUCUUAAAAAUAAGAUAGUAGAAAAGCUAGUGUUGUGAGAUAUAUUUCACCAACUCUUUCUAUUUUGCUUCACAUCUUAUCAUCUAUUUCUUAAAUACAUGAUAAGAUGAUGAAGAAGCUGACAUUGACAUGAUGGUCUUCCAUUUAUGUUGCUGGGCUGAUAGGCAUUCUUGUACUUAUGUGCUUCUAUUGUUCUUGGUGCGGAGUAUGGAUCCACCUUAUGGAUGUUUUCAUGGCCUCAGCAAAAAGUGUAUUUGCUUAAAAUCACUUCAGCUCAUUUUUUGUAUAUUCUUACUGAUGUAAGUCUCUGAGUAUACUUGUAUACAUUGUGAUUCAGCAAGUAAAUAGUUGAAGAAUCUACAAGAACUCGAAUAUCUCAGUUAAAACAAAAGCUUGUAGGUCAGUUUCUCUUAUGUUUAACUGGCUCGACUGGACAGAGUUCUUGAUAUAUCAUUAAACCAAUUGAUAUUGGGAAGCUCUGAUCUGCUCCCCUGUAACCUAUAAUCCCGUGAUUCCUUAUCUUUGGUUUUAGAUAACAACUUUGAAAUUUCCAGCAUAAUCAUCAUAAACAGGCGGUGAAUCCACAACACAGGUCUGAUGAACCAUGACUGGAUCUCACUCUCUUUGAAU